AUGGCAUCACAUAUGGUUCUUGGUUUGGUGGAUAUUCUCAGAGAUGCCCUCAAAAUCUUCUACAGAAAUGGGAAGCUCAUGGCCUCUUUCACCUUAUUCACCCUCUCACUUUUCUCUCUCCUUUACUUGUUCAAUAUUUUCUCUAUGAAACCAUUGCUCACAAAAUGGAUAACUGACCAAAGCCUCCUCCUUUUCACCAGCCCCAACACCCCGGAAUAUGCUAACCUUCUUGUUGCAGCACAUAAGGACAUGAGAGUAUUUAUUGGUACUGAAUGGAUUCUCCUUCUCAUCACCUCCUUCAUGUCCUUCUUCUUCUCAACAGCCACAAUCUUUGCAUCAGCAACAACACAUAAUGGCAAAAAAUUCUCUUUAAAGGACUUGUUUUUUACCACAGCAGGUUCAUUAAAGAGACCAUUUCUUACUUUGCUUUACAUAACUCUCUUCGGUGUUGGCUACAUUUUCCUUGCAUUGUUUCUUCUGCUUCCUCUCAUGAUGAGUUUUCAAAGUACUUUUGCUUGGAAAGUUUUAUAUGUUUUGCUAUGGGUUUCGGCUGCAGCUUUCUAUGGUUACUUGGCUGUUGUAUGGACUUUAGCUCUUGUGGUUUCAGUGCUUGAAGAAAGCUAUGGAAUUGAGGCCCUUGAGAAGGCUGCAAAUAUUGUUAAAGGCAUGGAAAUGCAUGGAUUUCUCGUUAAUAUUGCAAUCACAAUUCUGUCUUUUAUUGUGCUAGAAGGGUUUAGAUUGGUGAAUUUCAAAGAUUUUGGAGGAGUUGAAGUGAUAAUUGGAUUGCUUAUUUUGAAUUCUCUCUGGCUUGUUAAGAUGUUUGGGUUGAUGGCUUAUACAGUCUUGUACUAUCAGUGCAAGAAAACUAAUGGAGAAGAGGUUGAAUUGAAUGGGGACCUGGAAUAUAGAAAAACACCCAGUUUGCCUUUUAUCAAUGAAAAUAUCCCUUGA